UUUUCUCCACAGGGAAUGGCUUCCAACUGGGGUGAAGCACUUGGCUACAGGGGUGAAAAAGGUCAAAAAGGAGAGACCGGUCCACAAGGUCUGACCGGAACACCAGGGAAGGAUGGUCGAGUAGGGUCCGUCUGUGUAGUCGGUCCCAAAGGACACAAGGGUACACCCGGUGUGGUGGGUCCUGAAGGGUUGGCAGGGGAGCCAGGAAAACCUGGACCUCCAGGUCCACCAGGAAUUGGAAAGCCCGGUCCUCCAGGCCCUCCUGGUGACCUUGGUAGCGGAAAAGGAGAAAAGGGAGAUAUGGGACCUAAAGGAAACGAUGGAGUGCAAGGAGAUCCAGGACCAAGAGGCACAGCAGGUUCUAAAGGAGAGAAGGGCGACCCGUGCGAAGUGUGUCCAGUGUCGUCUGCAGACCACAGCAACACUGUGGCUUUACAAGGGAAGCCUGGUCCUAAAGGAGAACCUGGACCCCCAGGGACUGGAGAGAGAGGGCUUCCUACUCUUGCCUCCUGA